AUGGAUACAGAUGCGGAGGAUGCGGCUGAAGUGGUAGGAAUCAAAGUUUCCGCGUUUGGUGAUGCAUUUAAGUUCUUGAUAUGUUUACCAAAAGAAACACACAUUUGGUGCGGCUGUUGGGAUAUAAUGGGGCCUCUUCUAGAGGUAUUCUACAAUUACUUCAAAGAUGAGUGUCAAGAUUCUCCUCUUAAGCGCUUGUGGAAGAGAAUUUCUGAGGAAAUGCGGCGCUGUAUCCAGUGCGUUUCUCAGCACCAUCAAGCUCUAGAGAUGUAUGAAAAGGAGUACGAGUUUAGUUCCAUUGGUCCCCUUCUUGCUGUGUUGCACAACCUUGAUGAAGAAAGGGUGGCUCAGCAUCUGCAAGAGAUAAAUGCAAGAUUAGCACAGGAAAAAUAUGAUCCUCUGCAUGAUAAUGCUGAAGUUGUCUGCGUCAUGUAUGAGGUCUUGAUGUUUCCAAUGUUGCUAGAUGAUCAAUCCUUAUUCAUUGAAUUUGAAAAAUUUAUUGAAGCUAUUGAUGGUCUGCAUGAACUAGCUUUGGAUGGGCAUCAAAAGUUUCCGGGUGUUUAUGCAUUGCUCUUUUUCAAUAGACGAGUGCGGAUAGUUGGUUAUCGUUUAGCUAGAUCUAUGGGAAAAUUGAGGAGAGCAACUGACUUGGAACCUUUGCAACCUUUGCUCAAGAAAUUUAUUGGUUUUUUGGAGACAGAAGGUCUUCCUCCUGCUGCUCAGGCUUCACGGCCAAGAGCACAGCUAGAGCGCUUAUCCAUAUGGCUUGGAAUCACAUCACUGCUUGAGUUCUUAGAAGCUCCAGCUUUUGAAGAUGGGAUAUGGGAGCACUAUCCUACAUUUUUUGAUAUUGUGCUAAAUCAUGUGAGUGGUGAUUCACCUGAAUUUUCGCAAGCAGUUAGCUCUCUGAAGGAACUCCUCAAAAUGCUAGGUUGUAAGCUUUGGUUGAGGUCUACGUUGUCUCCUAGUGUGAUGCGCAAUACACUGUUGGGUCAGUGUUUCCAUACUCGAAAUGAGCAAAUCCAUAAAGUCAUUUUUGAUCUUUUCCAGCCUUUUUUACAGUCACUUGAAGCUUUGCAAGACGGGGAGCACGAAAAGCAACGCAGGCACUUUCUGUACUUUCUCCUUCACCAGGUUCCAGUGAGCAGUAACUUCAGUGUAUUGACAAGAAGAAUAGGCUGCAAGAUUGCUCUUCUUAUUAUACUUCGAGGUUAUCAGAUGAAUCCACCAUGCCCCCCAUUUGAGUGUGCACACAUGUGGGGGCCUGCUAUUGUAUCAUGUCUGAAUGAUUCUUCACUUCACAGCUCACUGAGGCAACCUGCCUUUGAUCUCAUACAAACUAUUGUGGUGUCUGAUGCAGCUGCUUUAGUAAGCUCUGUGCUAAACAGCAGUGUACCUAAGAGGGUUGGAACAAAUGUUUAUAUUGAGUUGGAUGACAAUGAAGACAACAAUCUUCCAUUUCCACAGGAUAUUGAUGAAACAGAUGGCAGUUCCUGGAAUGAAUUUGAUGCACAGAAUAAAAUUAUAUCAGGAGAAUAUAGAGGGUGGAUGUGCAUUCCCAUGUUAUGGGUUGAUGUUUUAGUUGAUAUUAGUCCCCUCAUCCUUCCAGCAUCAUUCUCCAAAGCUGUUUUCUGGGCAAGAUCUCGUCUCUGUCUGGUAGAACCUGAGAAUGGUGGUGAGAUGGUUCUUGAUGUUAAAGCUUGGCUUUCAUCGUCAGUCACAGAGAUCUCUACUGCACUUGCGUGGAAGGUGCCAACAGGUUCUGAUGAUGGUGGUAGGGAAGAGUCAAAAAACUCAGUGAAAGUGUCAACAAUGUGUCUUCCUCUUAUAAGAACAUUCAAGAGAUUGACCACAUAUUUUCUCACUUUGAUGGAGCAAGUGGAACUUAGAAAGCAGUGGACUUGGGAACCAAAAAUGGGCGAAAGCUUGAUCCUCUCACUUCUAGAUCCUAAUGAUAAUAUGAGGCAAUUUGGCAAGUGUAUGUUGGAACAUGUUUCUGACACUCGAGGUCUUGCUUGUGGUUUGAAGUUUCUCUCCUCAUGCCAUUCAUCUUUGUCCGCAGUUUUUGUGGGUGUCAGACAUGCUUUGAAACUGGUUCAACUGGAUUCUGUUCUACUGAACUUUCAGAUUCUACAUCAUUUUCUCUUUGUUCUUUGCAAACUACUUAAAGAAGGGGACACUUCUCAGUCAGUUCAACUAGGAAACUUAUCUGAAGGUGGAUUUCUGAGGCAGCCUUUCUUUGAUUCUUUGCCUGUAAAUUCUGGUCGCCAUUCCUCAAGUGUUGACUUAGAAUUACGAGACAAAUUCUGCUACUUCCUGUCUGAAGCUGCAUGGACACCGAUAAGAAAGUGUUUGACAGAAGGGAAGCCAUUUAUUGAUAAUAGUCGUUGUCAGAUGACAUGUGUACGAUUACUUGAAAUCUUCCCUAUUCUGUUUGAAAGACUUUACAAUUCUUAUGGUAAGUCUGGAACUUCUAAGACAAUGGUGGAAGAUGUUCUAGAUUUCAAAUGGCUUCAUGACCUUGUUGACUGGGGGGCAUCACAACUCAAAGUCAUUGUUGUGUACUGGAAACGAACUUUAUCGUCUCUGCUGAAUGUGUUGAAAGGAACAUGCCACGAUGCUUCUGUAUUGGCAGUCAGGGCCAUUGAAAAUCUUAUUUCAUGUGGUCUUUUUUCCCUCUUUACUAUGCCUCUUUGUUUAGAUAGUUUUCACAUGGAUGAAUUGUCGGAACAAGUGUCUCGCCUUUGUAUCGUUAGCAAAUUUGAGGAAGUACCUGUGUGCUUUCAAUCUCCUGAGCAGUAUGUGAAUAUAUUUAAGCCUUUAGUCUUGGAGGAGUUUAAAGCACAAUUGCACAGUUCCUUUUUGGAAAUGUCUUCAUGGGAGGAGGUAUAUUGUGGCAGUCUAUCUGUUUUGUCAGUUGAGAGGGUUGAUGAUUUUCAUCUUGUUCGAUUUGUUCAUGAUGACAGUGAUUCUACAUCCUCUAGAAGCUUUGCAGAAAAUGAUCUUGUUUUGCUCACAAAAGAGCACUUGCAAAAUACUAAUCACAAUAUUUAUAUGAUCGGAAAGGUGGAGAGGCGGGAGAGGGAUGAUAAGAGAAGGGCAAGUAUUUUACUUGUCAGGUUUUAUCUUCAGAAUGGUUCUUUACGUCUAAACCAGGCUAGGAGGAAUCUUCUUGAACGUAGUAAGUGGCAUGGAAGUCGUGUUUUGAGCAUUACUCCCCAAAUUCGAGAAUUUCAGGCUUUAUCAUCCAUCAAGGAUAUCCCCAUUCUUCCAAUUAUUCUAAAACCUGCAAAUGGUUCUAUUCAUCGUUGUGAAUCAAAGGAACCAGAUCUGAAUAGGCUACCUUUGCCUUUGCGGCAAAUGCUGAUGCUGUCCUUCAAUAAAAGUCAACUUCAAGCUAUCAGUGCUGCUAUUGGAUUUUCUAGUUCAAAAAGGGAUUUUGAAUUGUCUCUUAUUCAGGGUCCUCCAGGGACUGGGAAGACUCGAACUAUAGUGGCAAUUGUCAGUGGUCUACUUGCUUCUUCUCCACAGAAAGCAUCUGAUACAGAAAAGUCUUCAGGUGAUUAUUUGAAGGAAACUGAUAGUACUUAUGCUGAUUCCAGGCCAAGGAUAAGUCAGUCUGCAGCACUUGCAAGAGCAUGGCAGGAUGCAGCUUUGGCUAGACAAUUGCAUGAUGAUGUAGAAAGAACAAAAAAGUCAACAGAAAAGUUUGCUAGAGGAAGAGUCCUCAUUUGUGCUCAAUCAAAUGCUGCAGUUGAUGAGUUGGUGUCAAGGAUAUCUAGUGCAGGUCUUUAUGGUAGAGAUGGGAAGAUGUACAAACCAUAUCUUGUGAGGGUUGGAAAUGUGAAGACAGUGCAUCCGACUUCACUGCCUUUCUUCAUUGAUACACUUGUUGAUCAGCGUUUGGCAGAGGAGAAGAUGCGUAUAAGUGAUGCUAACAAUAAUGUUGGACUGGAGUCGUCUAUGUCACUGCGUUCUAAUUUAGAAAAGCUGGUUGACCGUAUUAGGUUAUAUGAAGCAAAGCGUGCUAACAUAAAGGACGGAAGUUCAGAAAAUUCUUCGCAAGAUGAAACUCAUAAAGAAGAUGAUGUAAAGGAAAUGUCUGAUGCAGAGUUUGAAUUGAAAUUGAGAAAAUUAUACGAACAGAAGAAACAAAUUUAUAAAGAUCUUAGUGUUGUUCAGGUGCAGGAGAGAAAAGCUAAUGAAGAAAUAAGAGCAUUAAAACAUAAAUUGCGGAAAUCCAUUUUAAAGGAGGCACAAAUAGUAGUAACUACAUUAAGUGGCUGUGGUGGAGACCUUUAUGGAGUUUGUUCUGAUUCCAUAACAAAUUAUAAAUUUGGCUGUCCAUCUGAAUAUACGCUUUUUGAUGCUGUUAUAAUUGAUGAAGCAGCUCAAGCCCUUGAACCUGCGACUUUAAUCCCUCUUCAGCUGUUAAAAUCAAAAGGGACAAAAUGCAUAAUGGUUGGAGAUCCCAAGCAGCUUCCUGCCACGGUCCUCUCUAAUCAUGCAAGCAAAUUUUUAUAUGAAUGUAGCAUGUUUGAACGCCUGCAAAGGGGUGGUUAUCCUGUUGUUAUGCUUACCCAGCAGUAUAGGAUGCAUCCGGAGAUAUGCCGGUUCCCUUCUUUGCAUUUCUAUGACAGCAAGUUGCUGAAUGGAGAGGGAAUGUCAAGCAAGUCAGCACCAUUCCAUGAGACUAGCUGUCUAGGGCCCUAUAUCUUCUAUGAUGUUGUAGAUGGACAGGAGCUACGUGGCAAACAUUCUGGUGCAUCGUCUCUCUGUAACGAGCAUGAAGCGGAAGCUGCAAUUCAAUUGCUCAGCUUUUUCAAGAAGAGGUACCCUUCUGAAUUUGUUGGUGGAAGAAUUGGUGUUAUAACUCCAUAUAAGUCUCAACUUUCUGUUUUGCGUUCCCGGUUCAUUAGUACAUUUGGAUCCUCUGUUAUAGGGGAUAUGGAAUUUAAUACUGUGGAUGGUUUUCAAGGCCGGGAAGUUGAUGUAUUAAUUUUGUCCACUGUUAGAGCUGCAGGCUCAUGCUCUGCUCCCCCUGGGGUCAACUCAAGUAAUAUUGGAUUUGUUGCUGAUGUAAGACGAAUGAAUGUGGCUUUGACAAGGGCAAAGCUUUCUCUUUGGAUUUUGGGUAAUGCACGGACCUUGCAAACAAACCAUAACUGGGCUGCUCUUGUGAAAGAUGCCAAAGAUAGAAAUUUGAUCAUAUCAGUCGAAAGGCCGUAUUCAUCCAUGUUUAAAGGGAAAAACCCUGCCUUGCAGAAUUUUGGAUAUCAUUCAAAGCAUUUUAAGUAUGUUGAAAAGGCUGAUAGCCAGCUUGCUAAACAUAAUAAGCGUAGAACAAAAGUAGCAGUGUUGAGUGAAACAGAAGAUAUUGACAGUGUGGCUCCGAGUAGUGGGAUGGUUGCAGGAGGUGAUAUGACUUUCUCAUCAAAAAGGGGAGAUGUUCAGAAUAAACAAAAAGCCAGAGAGGAAACAGCGCUCUUAAGGAAGAAAAAACUUUCAACCAGGGAUGCAUGUGGUGAGAAUACAACAUCCAACAAUGUAAAGUCAGAAGGCACCAGAGAAGACAUAGCUGAUAGUGAAACUAAAGACAAAAAUAAAGGCAACCAUUGUCAUGGAAAGAAAGGAAAUUUGGAACAUAGUAAUGGGAAAAAGAGAAAGAAGGUUUCGUGGAAUGAUAGCCCUACAAACUUGGAACUAGGUGGGGCAAAGGGAAGAGAGAGGUCGUUCAUGUGUGAUAGCAAUCAACGAGGUUCAGAAGUUUCAAAUACUUCAAGUGAAGGAAGGCACAGGGAUAAAGAGGUAAAAAGUGGUACUGCUUUUAGUCAAGUAGGAACUUCUGAAAAUUUAAUUUCAAAGAGGAAGAAACAACGUGAAGCAGUUGAUGCUAUUCUUUGUUCAUCUCUGAUUUCUUCCAAUAAGUCAGAAAAAUCUUCAAAACUUGUGCCUCCCAAAAGAUCUCUCUCACCAACUUCAGUGGUAACUGGCGAUAUCAAGCCAUCUAAGGCAAGAAAAGGUGCAGCACAAGACCAAUCCAUCAUCAGCACAGGAAGAAAUAAAUCUUAGCCAGGAAUGGGAGUGAAGGAUGAAUUUGGCUUUUCUUUAAAGAAAGAAGGAUGAAGUAUGGCCAAUAUCCUGGUUCAAAUUUUGAAUGAAGUUUUGUGAUCAUCUCAAUAACUUUUCAGGCUAUGAUCUGUAGCUUCCUGUGACAUCGAGAAUGAGGGAUUGCUGACUUCCUAAACUCCGGAAAGACAAGGAUACCUGGGGGAGAAAGGUGUAAGGUUGCGAUAAGUUUGGCCUUUUCAGGUGCAAGAUUUUGUACAGUAUGGAAUCAAUUUUUUGCGGUGCAGGUGCAAGGUUUUUUGGUGCAUUGCACAGGAAAAUCAAUGUUAAUCAUUUGUUUGUCAGUCUCCUGGAAAUGGUCUGUGGAUGUGGUGCUCUAUGUAAAUACUAUUCUCUAAGGUCGGGUAAAGUUUGGCCUUUUCAGGUGCAGGAUUUUGUACCGUAUGGAGUAAAUUCUUCAGGGGCAUUCCACAGGGAAAUCAAUGUUGGUCACCUGUUGGUCAGUCUCCUGGAAAUGGUCUGUGUAUAUAGUGCUUUAUAUAGAUACUAUUCUCUUAAGUCAAAGUUCUCUUGGGGAAUGCCUUCUCUAUUCAUAGUACGACUGCUUCAAGUUCCAGAAAGGUUCCCUCGGAUGGAUAGCAAAAGAUUAUGCAAGAAACCUGAAUUUUGAGAA